CUCUCGCUAAAAGCUUCGAGCUUUCGAGCUUUCUCUUUCUAGGGUUUGGAUUGGGAUUGCUCGAGGAGGAGAAGAAGAAGAAGAGAGCAAUGACGGACACCACGGAUGACAUUGCGGAGGAGAUCUCGUUCCAGUCCUUCGAGGACGAAUGCCAUCUCCUUCGUAGUCUCCUCAACGAUGUCCUUCACCGCGAACUCGGUCCCCAGUUCAUGGACACAGUUGAAAGGAAGAGAAUCCUCGCUCAGAGUGCUGUGAAUAUGAGGAUUGCGGGGAUGGAGGAUACUGCAGAGUUGCUUGAGCAACAACUGGCCAAAGAGAUAUCCAAGAUAGGUUUGGAGGAAGCUUUGUCACUGGCUCGUGCUUUCAGUCAUUAUCUUAAUCUCAUGGGCAUUGCAGAGACUCACCACAGGGUUCGCAAGACACGAAAUACUGCACAUUUGUCAAAGUCCUGUGAUGACAUAUUUGAUAAGCUGAUACAGAGUGGAGUUCCUCCUCAACAGCUUUAUGAUACCAUAUGCCAACAGGAAGUUGGUAUUGUUUUAACUGCACAUCCUACUCAAAUAAAUAGACGUACACUCCAGUAUAAACACAAAAGAAUUGCGCAUCUGCUCGAGUAUAAUGAGCAACCAGAUCUAAGUCAUGAAGAUAGAGAGAUGGUGAUAGAUGAUCUGGUGAGAGAGAUCACUUCAUUGUGGGAGACAGAUGAAGUGAGGCGGCACAGACCUACUCCUGUUGAUGAAGCAAGGGCUGGACUGCACAUUGUGGAGCAAUCUCUUUGGAAGGCAGUGCCCCAUUAUCUUCGUCGUGUUAGCACUUCUUUGAAAAAGCACACUGGUAAACCACUUCCGCUUACCUGUGCACCAAUCUACUUUGGCUCAUGGAUGGGAGGUGAUAGAGACGGUAACCCAAAUGUCACUGCAAAAGUGACGCGAGAUGUUGCUUUCUUGUCACAAUGGAUGGCAACUGACCUCUACACCCGGGAAGUUGACAGUCUGAGAUUUGAACUAUCCAUGGGUAGAUGCAGUGAUAAGUUAGCGAUUCUGGCUGACGAAAUACUCCUUCAAGAAGCAUCAUAUGAGAAUCAGAAAAAUGAAAAUUGGGUUGAGCCGGUCAACAGAAAGAACGGAUAUUAUCGGCAAUCUUUAGCCUUGCCUACCCAACUUCCUGCAGAUGCAGAUUUUCCUUCUUGCACAGAAUCUCAGUAUUCAACAGUAGAACUCCCUGGAAACUUGAGCCGCCAGAAUAGAACUUCAUCGGCUCCAACAAGUCUGAAUUCUAUUAAGACUUCUUCAAGUGAAAUCAGUAGUGGAACCAUCUCUGGAGAGGGUAAUCGUCCGCCAACUAAAGCAGCAUGCUUAACCAAGGGAGCUUCUUUCACUUCUAGUCAGCUUCUUGCUCAAAGAAAACUAUUUGCUGAACUUGAAACAGGCAGAUCAAGCUUCAGAAAGCUUCUGGAACCAAGCCUGAAUCAGCGUCCUGGCAUUGCACCGUACAGAGUUGUCCUUGGAAAUGUGAAGGACAAGCUUAUCAAGACUAGGAGACGGCUCGAACUUCUAUUAGAUGAUCUUCCAUGUGAAUAUGAUCCUACAGAGUAUUAUGAAACAGCAGAGCAACUUCUGGAACCAUUGCUCUUAUGCCAUGAAUCUCUGCAAUCAUGUGGAUCAGAAAUCCUUGCUGAUGGACGAUUAGCGGAUUUGAUUAGAAGGGUGGCCACCUUUGGCAUGAUACUAAUGAAACUGGAUUUACGCCAGGAGGCCAGCAGACAUUCUGAAGCACUUGAUGCAGUGACAGUGUACUUAGAUAUGGGGGUGUAUAGUGAGUGGGAUGAAGAUAAGAAGCUGGAAUUUCUAACUAGAGAAUUGAAAGGGAAGCGGCCCCUAAUUCCUCCAAGCAUAGAGGUAGUGCCAGAUGUAAAGGAGGUUUUGGAUACAUUCCGUGUGGCUGCUGAAUUAGGGACGGAUUCACUUGGAGCAUAUGUGAUUUCAAUGGCCUCAAAUGCAAGUGAUGUUCUUGCUGUAGAGCUAUUGCAGAAAGAUGCUAGACUCUCUGUGAGUGGGGAACUAGGAAAGCCUUGUCCUGGUGGAACGCUAAGAGUGGUGCCAUUAUUCGAAACAGCAAAAGAUCUGAGAGCAGCUGGAUCAGUGAUAAGGAAGCUGCUAUCUAUAGACUGGUAUAGAGAACACAUUAUAAAAAAUCACAAUGGAAUUCAAGAGGUGAUGGUUGGUUACUCAGACUCUGGGAAGGAUGCAGGGAGGUUCACAGCUGCAUGGGAAUUGUACAAAGCCCAAGAGGACGUGGUAGCUGCAUGCAAAGAGUUUGGAAUUAGAGUCACUCUGUUUCAUGGACGUGGCGGUAGCAUUGGUCGUGGAGGUGGCCCCACAUACCUUGCCAUCCAAUCACAACCUCCUGGCUCCGUAAUAGGAACACUAAGAUCAACAGAACAAGGAGAGAUGGUGCAAGCCAAGUUUGGUCUUCCCCAGAUAGCAGUAAGACAACUAGAGAUAUACACAACAGCAGUCCUGCUAGCCACAAUGCGACCUCCAAAACCACCAAGAGAAACUAAAUGGCGCACUGUCAUGGAAGACAUCUCUGAAAACAGCUGCCAUUUCUAUCGCAGCGUCGUCUACGAUAACCCUGACUUCCUCCCUUACUUCCAUGAAGCCACACCUCAAGCUGAGCUCGGCUUCCUCAACAUUGGAAGCCGCCCUGCUCGCCGUAAAACCUCCACUGCUAUCGCCCAUCUCCGCGCCAUCCCCUGGGUCUUCGCCUGGACUCAGACCAGGUUUGUCCUCCCUUCAUGGCUUGGCGUUGGUGCAGGUCUCAAGCAUGCAUGCACAGAAGGAUACAUGCAUGAUUUACAGGCAAUGUACAAAGAGUGGCCUUUCUUUCAGUCUACAAUAGAUCUUAUUGAGAUGGUUCUUGCCAAGGCUGACAUUCCAAUUGCCAAGCACUAUGAUGAAGUUCUAGUUUCUGAGAGUAGGAGAGGGCUUGGUGUAGAGUUGAGAAAUGAGUUGAUGAUGACUGAGGAGUAUGUCUUGGUUGUUAGUGGACAUGAGAAGCUCUCUGAGAAUAAUAAGAGUUUGAAGAGGUUGAUAGAGAGCAGGCUGCCAUUUCUCAACUCUAUUAACAUGUUGCAGGUGGAGAUACUUAAGAGGUUGAGGCAGGAUGACGAUAACAAAAAACUCAGGGAUGUGUUGCUUGUCACCAUCAAUGGCAUUGCUGCCGGAAUGAGGAACACCGGUUGAUUGAGAUCAAUCUUUACUGUCUCUCUCUCUCUCUCUCUCAGAGGAAGAAGAAUAAAUUCUCUGAUGAUGGUAAUCACAUUAAUGGCAAUGAAAUUCAAUGGUCUCUUUUAGGUUAUAUUUUUCUUUUGGGAUAUAUUAGCUUAGCUGAAAAUUAUUCUUCACCUU